AUGGCCGAGAAGGAAGACGGUGGCCCAUCGGCGACGGAGACGCACGAGAAGACCUGCUCGGACUCGUCGGAGGAAUCGGCUGAAGAGCCGACCGAGGCCGACCUCAAGCUACCGAAGGCGCGCAAGUCGAAGAAACCCGGCGGAGUGAUGGAAGUUGCCCUGCCCGAAGGUGUCGACGUGCCGCCCCCGAUCGCCGUCGUCAAGGAGGGCGAGGAGGGCAAGGACAAGGAGCCCGAGAAGAUGGACAAGCAGCCGAAAAGCGAUGGAUCUGGGAGUGAGCGGCAGAAGCGGAAGAAGGAAAAGGAGAACGACGAGGACAAGCAGGGCGGGCCCGAUCAGUCGGGGAAGAAGAAGAAGGCCAGGAGGAUCAGCAGGGAUCGCGUCAGCGGGAAGGAGGAGGAUCGCGGGAAGGGCGACGACAAGAAAGAGAAGAAGAAGAAGAAAAAGAAGAAGAAGAGCAAGCGGCGCGACGACGACGAGGCGGCCGUCUCGACAUCCGGAAGGGGCAUCGACAUGGUGGCCGAGUCGCCCGACAAGAAGAACAAGAAGAGCACGAAAUCGGUGGACCGCGUGGCGCACAAGCUGAAGGAGCGGGACGAGGUCAAGCCGCCGCCGCAGAACGAUCUGGAGAGGAUGGCGGCGUUCCGGGAUCGUCUGCAGGCCAGCUACAAUCACUUGGUGCAAGAGCCGGACCGCGGCAUCUACAACUCGCUGUACUACCACGGCUACGCCGAGCCGCAGUACAUCGAGGAGCAGCUGAAGCAGGUCGGCGAGUUCCUCGUCUGCAAGGUCUACCGCACGCUCGCCAAGGACAAGAUGGUCGAGUUGCUCUGCAUCGCUCUCCGCGGCCCGACCGACAUCGUCUACUUCACCAUCGUCAUCCACCGCAACAAGCAGUUCUACCUUGGCAACCGAGGCUUCGACAGCAUCACCGACAUCGUCAGCCAGUUCCACAACUCGGGCGAGCAGCUGCCGGCCCAGGACACCUCCGAGGUGUUCAGGCUCCUGCGAUCGAUUCCCCGACCGGUCCAAAUCAUCCCCCACGAGAGCAUCGAGAUGCGCGAGCAGGUCGGAUCCGGCGAAUUUGGAGCUGUCCACGCCGCGGCCUUUAUGACACAAGGCGAGCCGAUCACGGUGGCGGUGAAGGUGCUGAAGGACUUGCUGGCCAAGGAUCCGACCAAGAAACAGAAGUUCCUCCAGGAAGCCUACAUCAUGAUGAAGAUCACCCAGCACAAAAACGUGACGCAAAUCCACGGGAUCUGCACGAUGCGCAGCCCGCUGUACAUUGUGCUCGAGUGGAUGCCCAACGGAUCGCUCAAAUCGUACCUGAAGAAGAACGCGACAACCGACGACCAGAAGCUCGCCUUCAUGCAGGGAGCCGCCGCCGGGAUGGCCCACUUGGAGGAUGCGGCCAUUGUGCACCGCGACAUCGCGGCCCGAAAUCUGCUGAUGAACGGCGAUCUGACGGUGAAGAUCAGCGACUUUGGACUGUCGAUGGAGGAGAAGGCGCUCAAGCACAGCAAGAAGCUCGAGCCGGUGCCCUUGCCGACCAAGUGGCUCGCACCGGAAGUUCUGAAGAGCUUCAAGUUCUCGGUGAAGAGUGAUGUGUGGGCGUUCGGUGUGAUGAUGUGCGAGGUGUACACAGAUGGCGGCGACCCCUAUCCGGGAAUGGGCAACAAGGCCGUCCGCAAGAUGUUGCUGGAGGGAAAGGACCAGCGGUGGCCGAUUCCCGCUACGUUCCCGAAGCACAUCACGAAGAUCAUCCAGCGGUGCUGGCUGCAGGAGCCGAAGGAUCGCAUGAGCUUCAAACGAAUCGAGAAGGCCCUCUUGAUGUCGAAGAAGCUGGUCGGCGCUUCCAUGAUGACGAAGCCAACCGACCCGGGCGAGACGUCGAUGUCGAUGAAGCCGAGGCCGCGUCCCCGUCCCGGUGCCUCGGGACAUCGUCAGAACCAUUCGACCCGUGUCCGCCGCCCUUCUCAUCCCGGAUCG